AUGGCCAAGAACGAUGCUGUAAUUCAGAGUCAAGCGACAUCCUUGAGGAAUCUAGAAACUCAGCUGGGGCAGCUUGCUAAUGAGCUAAGGAAUAGACCACAAGGCACUUUGCCUAGUGAUACAGAAAAUCCAAGAAAAGAUGGCAAAGAACAUUGCAAGGCGGUUACCUUGAGAAGUGGCAAAAAUGUGGAAUUGACUGAGGAUAAUUCAAUUGCUGCAGCAAUUCCUCCGCAAAAUGCUACAGGAGAGCCUACAAGCAAGCCACCUCCACCAUUUCCUCAGCGCUUUCAAAAGCAGCAGCAAGACAGCCAAUUCCGGAAAUUUUUAGAUGUUUUGAAGCAACUUCGCAUCAAUAUACCGUUGGUGGAAGCUUUGGAGCAAAUGCCCAACUAUGUGAAGUUUUUGAAAGACAUUUUAACUAAAAAGAGGAGGUUUGGUGAGUUUGAAACAGUGGCGUUGACUGAAGGGUGUAGUGCCAUAUUGAAGAGUAAAAUUCCUCCUAAAUUGAAGGAUCCGGGCAGCUUCACAAUUCCUUGUUCUAUUGGUGGUAGAGACGUUGGUAGAGCACUUUGUGACUUGGGGGCUAGUAUCAAUUUGAUGCCCAUGUCGAUUUUCAAGAAGUUGGGGAUUGGAGAAGCAAGACCAACCACAGUGACUUUGCAAUUAGCGGAUCGUUCUAUGGCGCACCCGGAAGGAAAAAUUGAAGAUGUACUUGUGCAAGUUGACAAAUUCAUCUUUCCGGCUGAUUUCAUCAUCCUUGAUUAUGAAGCGGAUAUAGAUGUUCCUAUUAUCUUGGUGACUUUCAACGUGUUCAAUGCUAUGAAGUUUCCGGAUGAGGUUGAGGAAUGUAAAAGGCUAAGUGUAAUUGAGUCUAUUGUUGCUGAAAAAUUCCACAAGAAAGCUUGUAAAGAUGGAGUAGGGGUGAGGUCACUUGAAGAGCUUGAAAGUUUAAGUGAAGAGGAAGAAAGCCAAGUUACAUGGGUGGAGUCAAAGCAGCCUUUUGCCAAAAUUAGGAGGUCUUUUGAGUCAUUGAACUUGUCGGAAGGGAAUUUUAAGCCUCCUAAGCCUUCUAUUCAAGAGCCACCAAAAUUAGAGUUGAAGCCUUUGCCUAGUCACUUGAAGUAUGCCUAUUUGAGAGAUGAUGAGACCUUGCCUGUGAUUAUUUCAGCCAUGUUAGGAGCUGAAAAAGAGAGUUUGUUGCUAGCUGUUUUGAAGAAAUACACAAGGGCCAUUGGUUGA